CUAAAAACAAGCCAAAAGACUUCAAUUACAGACAUACUGUAGCACAAGUAGAUGAGCCCAUGAAAACGACCAAAUCGUCCUCGAAUCUCGAGGGCUUAAAUGCGGUUCUUGUCAAACUGAAACAGACUCACCAACAACUACAGGCUCAACAGGUACAGAAUGUCCAGGUAAACGGGACCGAAUAUCCACUCUCAGCAGCUGAUUUUGACGAGUUGCGCAGACAGCGAGCAUCGACCUUAGACUCGAUGAGUAUACCUCCUAUCGAGAGUAUCAAGUUUUACCAGAGUGGGAUUGUAGAUUCGGAAGGAGAAGACGAGCAGCUGAGCCAGAGCCAGAUUCAAAAUCACCAUCAUAGACACCAUAGGCGAACUCUUUCCAGAACAAGUGCUCAAAGUGCGGACGAACGGGUAAGUUUCAACUCCGGGAUCGCUAAGGAUGCCACUCCUGAUUCGCUGAGAAUUCGGAGUGCUACGACUUCUGCUAUAGAAUCAACUGGACAAUCAGCCCAGAGCAAUGGAAACGACAACACUGAGAGUCCCACCUGGCUCUUCAGCGAUUUAUUGUCAAAUUUGGGGCUGUUCAAAGAUAAGGACGAGUACUAUAUUGUAGCGAAAGGCAAUGACUUGGUACUUUUGCUCCAGCAAUAUCCUGCUUUGAAAAACGAUAUUUUGCUCAAGAAUUUCAUCAACAAGAUACAGUUCAUGUUCUGCCACAAUGUAUCUGAAGUUCGCAGCACAGGGUAUCGUAUCUUGAGGCAUGUAAUUUCCAGCUAUGAGACUUUGAUGAUUAUAGUCCAAUCUAAGAUCUUGAUUUUCAUCAUUGCGACUAUGUCGACUACUAGAUCUACUAUUGGCGAAAAAGAGCAAGCUUUGAAGUUGGUUCGAGAGUUUCUCAAUAUAGAAAAUGGAACCGACAACCUUUCAAUUGGUGUGAUAAAGUCGUUGAUAAGCUUGAUAGAGAGCAGUAACGAACAUAUUUACGACGAAAAUGAGUUGAAUGUUGGCCCCAUGAAGUUGGAUAUGGAACAAUAUAGUUCCCAUGAUGCGAUACCUGAACCUUUUAAGAAUAUCUGCGUAGAAACAAUUUGCGAGAUAGCGUUGCUUAAUCCUGAGUUGGUAUUUCACAGUGGUGGAUUCAAGGUUUUCAUCAAUAUCAUCAUAGAUGGUUCUUUUGAAAUGGCCUCGAGCUGUUCAUUGGUAAUUCUCAAUAUUCUAGACUUGCCCAACUCUCGAAAGUUCUUGCGGAAUGGCUACGAUUUGAACUCCUUGAUAGCGGUCUUUUCCAAUAUUACAGAUGAAGUAGGUGAUUCUAGCACAAGUUCCAAAAAAAGGAUUAACAACUUGAAGCUUCAGAAAGUUUCAUUUUUAAUAGCCUCACUACUUAAAAACUUCAACGGUUUGAUUGCAUUUUCUGUGUGCAAUUUCAAGUCACUCAAGAAUUUGAUUUCAAACUUGAAGAAGAGAAACAUAAGAGUUCGUGAUUACAUUAUGGACAUUUUACAAGACAUACUAAGACUAAAGAGUUUGCCCUGGUUGGCAAGCUCUCCAAUAGGUGAAAUUAUUAGAAAGUACAACUCCUACACCGACAACGAAAAAUAUGGGUUUCAAUACCAGCAGCUAGAUGCCAUAGAAAACGAGUUCGCCUACAACAUUAUCACUCACUACCAGGGGCUACUUGCUCUAAUAUUGAUAAAGAACGACAUUUUCACAUAUCUUAUAGACAUUGUUGAGCAAAAUUUGAAUGAGUCCAACACCAAAAAAGCUACUGGCUUGAUAACACAUUUAUAUUCCAUGGCCAAUAAUAUUUUGCCGCCCGAACUAGUACAAACCAAUCUAGCAUUGACUAACUUGUCCCUGUUUUCUUCAUUCGAGAUCGAAAAGGUUACCAGACAAAAGUUCAAGGCCACUGAAGACUACAAUGCAAAUUUGAAAUCAUACCUCAAGAACAUAAAUAUUCAGUCCAAGUACAACAUAGACGAUAACGAGUUUAAAAUGAUGAUCAACAAUACCAAGAUUCUUACCAUAAAAGAAUUUGAAGAUUGGAACUGGCAAUUGCUAUUGACUUUAAUUCAGGGACCUCUAACGAACCCCAAAAGGUUUGACGAAGUGUUGGAGAAAAAUCCGAAGUUCUUCAAAAGACUUAUGUCGUUCUAUCGACCUUUCAAAUUCAGGUUCUGUAACAUAGCAAUAACCAAAAGCAAUUCACAAAGGUAUAUUAACAUAGGGUGCCAAUUGCUAGAGUUGUUUCUUUCUCUUGAGAAUGGAACAAGGUAUCUUUCUACAAGUAAGCUUCUUCCACAAUUGUCGGAAAUAUUUGCACAAGUAGACAAGUAUAGCGGGAUUUCUACAAACGACGCUGUCUUAUCGCGAAGGCGAUUAGAUUCCACUGCAAGUAUCGGUUACUUGAGAUUUAUAGGUGUGUUCAGUUCCUAUCCUGCGGGACUCAAGAUUUUGGAGCAGUGGCAGUUCUAUAAUCUAUUUCUUAACAUAAUUGAAGGAAGUAGUUUUUCAGAGUCCACAAAUUCAUUACUCUUGACAUUGUUCAAAUAUGUGGAUUUCACAGGUGAUAACCAGUUUAGGAUUCUACUUCUGCAAUGUUUCAAAGUUUCGAACUUUAAGCUAAGAAGCUAUCUACUUCGUCACUUAUUACCUCGUUUGAUAAUUAUUAAGGAAUGCGAGCUAUUUGUGAUACGAUUACUAGUCAAUAAUCUAUACGAUCCACUGCCCGAGAUAGUCAGCAAGUCCAUCGAUAUAUUGAGUGACCAUUAUUCUACCAACAAGUGCAAGAAUUUGAAUUAUUUGAUAGACUUACAUCCAUCGAUUCAGAUUCUUUCCCGAACAAUUAAAGGUCGCAAUUUGCUUAUUAAUUUCCUUAAUAUUCCAAGCGGUUUUAGGUUCCUAGAAGACUCUGGAUUCAUAGAGGAGGAAUUUGACAAAUGGUCAAACAUGAAUGACUUGUCCUACCUUAAUAGAAUUGAAAAACUCAUUCUGGCAAGCUUUUUUCCGACAACGACAACUUCAAGUCCAACUAACGAUCACUUGUACAUUUUUAACUUUUUUAAAUACCUUCUAUCGACAGAAGAGGGUCUCAACUACUUUGCGCAUAUGAAACAGAAAACAUAUUUGGAGAAUUUGAUUAAUGAAGUUGAAACCGUUUCAGACAAAUUACUUCACGACGGCGAAUUUAUUGAUGUUGAUUCACCUGAUGAAAAACUAACCUCUAUUCUCAAUAGAUUGAAGCAAAACUUGUGGAUUAUAGGCAACAUUGCUUCGGGACAAUACGGAAUUCAGUUAUUAGACCCGAUGUACAAUAUUAACUUGGAGAAAUCAGUGAUUGCCAUAAUUUUAGAGCUCUUUGAUAAUUGUCCCAUUUGGAAUAUCCGAGGCGCUUGUUUUUAUGUAUUGGGAAUGGUUGCAACCACAAUUGAAGGAAUUGAGAUUUUGGAUGAAUCAAAUUGGGUCAGUGUUUUAGACCAGUAUUCUAAUAGUAAGUGUUUGACAUAUCCCAAGCUUGGUGUGUCUCAAAUAUUUAAUAUUGGUCUAGCCAACCCUUAUCGUGAUGUGAAGUACUACUCCUUGUUUAGUGGAGGAGCUGUUACAUCUAUUAUGUGGGAUGAUGACGAUGACGAAGAUAACGGGAAAGCCAAUGGGGGUGAAGAUAUAUCGUCUGCCCAACCUGAUGGUACUCUAUCAGUUACUGGGGUUCCAGCCUCUGCUGGUUCAGAAGAGGAAAGUACGCUGGUUGAAACAAAAAUUCGGGACAGAGUGAUAAACCUCAUUCAGCACUUGAAUUCGGUAUUAAGCAAGAUCGAGAGAAAGGCUGUUAAGGAGUUGUUGAAGAUGAAACGCAACACUCCUGAGGUCUUUGAGGAGUUACCUCUUUUUCUCGAAGUGAUCAAGACUAUCGAUAAAGGUAACUUCAGAUACCACAAGCGAAAGUUCAUCUUUGACUUGUUCUUGGAUACGAGGGUAUUUGAAAAUCUUAUCAAGAAGGAGCGCAAGAACUCCAUAAAGGUAUAGAACAGUUGAAAUUACACGGGAUAUGAG